GAGACAUCAAAACUGAAACUUUCAGAAGAAGACUGUAAUGGCGCCAAAGAAGGAUAAAUCUUCGCCGUCUGAUCCUAACGGAAUAUUUUCUGGUAUGGUUGUCUUCUUAAUCGAAACCGGAGUUCAAUCCCGGCGGCUACAGAUAUGGAAGCAGAAAUUGGUGCAAAUGGGGGCUAAAUUAGAGGACCGGUUUACUAAAAAUGUCACUCAUGUUUUUGCUAUGGAUGCAAAUUUGCUUCUUCAGAAACUUGAUAAAGAACGUCUGAUUCGCGCCAAAGUUAAACUUCUCGCAUAUCAGUGGCUAGAGGACAGCUUAAUAGAAGGAGAAAAAGCAUCUGAGGAUCUGUAUGUCUUAUCCCUGCAAUCAGGAGGAGGAGAGUCCCUUAGUCCUAAAGCUGAUAAUGACGGUCAUUCUAGAGUUGCACUAAAGAAAAGUCGAAUAUCUGCUGAAGAUGCCAAGAAUUCAAGCCCAAGACACAUGAAUGACAAUAAAGACCGUGUUGAUUCACGAGAUACUAAAAGUGCCUCUUCACUCGCAUCACGCUCUUCAAGCCCAGAAGUGACAAGUCCUGAGGCCAUUGAUUCUCUUAAUAAGCCUGUUGGAACAUCAGACUCAUCUUCACUUUAUAAGCCUCCGGAUUUAAACCGAAAUAUCACUCAGAUAUUUGGGAAGCUUCUCAACAUAUAUAGAGCACUGGGUGAUGACCGGAGAUCAUUCAGCUAUUAUAAAGCUAUACCAGUUAUUGAGAAAUUGCCAUUCAAAAUUGAGAGUGUGGACCAGGUUAAGCACCUACCUUCUAUUGGAAAGUCGAUGCAAGAUCAUAUUCAGGAGAUAGUGACCACAGGAAAGCUGUCCAAACUGGAACACUUUGAGAAGGAUGAAAAGGUAAAAACAAUCAGCUUAUUUGGAGAGGUUUGGGGUAUUGGUCCAGCCACUGCCCUAAAACUUUAUGAGAAAGGACACCGAACUCUUGAUGACCUCAGAAAUGAGGAGUCACUGACUCAUUCUCAAAGGUUAGGGUUGAAAUAUUUUGAUGACAUCCAAACCAGGAUUCCACGGCAUGAGGUCGAAGAGAUGGAACGUCUGCUACAGGAAGUUGGAGAGGAAAUUUUGCCUGGUGUGAUUGUUGUGUGUGGAGGAUCAUAUAGACGUGGAAAGGCUUCUUGUGGUGAUAUGGAUAUUGUUUUUACUCAUCCUGAUAGAAAAAGUCAUAAAGGCUUUCUUCCUAAGUUUGUAAAGCGUCUAAAGGACAUGGAGUUUUUGAGAGAAGAUUUGGUCUUCAGUGUUCAUAGCACAGAGGGUACAGAUUCAGGAGUUGACACAUAUUUUGGCCUCUGCACCUAUCCUGGUCGAGAACUGCGACAUCGUAUUGACUUGAAGGUGUAUCCAAGGGAUAUAUAUGCAUUUGGACUGAUAGCAUGGACGGGAAAUGACGUCUUGAAUAGAAGGCUUAGAUUAUUAGCAGAAUCCAAGGGCUUUCUUUUGGAUGAUACAGGGCUAUAUCCAGCUACUCAUAGUUCUGGUGGAAAACGGACUAAAGGUAGUGCAAGCUUGAAGUUUGAAACUGAGAAGCAAGUGUUCGAAUUCCUUGGAUUUCCCGCGCUGGAACCACAUGAAAGGAAUUUAUGAGAAUCCCUAACAAAGAUUUGAAUCUUGAGCUGUGCCAC